UCAAGAUUAUCUAGGUGGCCUAUUUAUCAUAUAGGAUUAUACAUUAUGUAGUAUCAUACAUUAAUUACUCGUUUACUUUUUAAAAAAAUGGACUUACAUAACAUACAGUUAACCCUUGGAUCUGGAAAAAUUCCAUCUGUUGGGCUCGGUACUUUUACAUACUUUGGAAAACAUGGUAGUCCCGAUGACAUAGAAGCUGCCGUAGAUGUUGCUCUGGAAGCCGGAUAUCGCCAUUUUGAAAGCGCAUGGGCUUACGGGACACAGGAGGCAAUUGGUAGAGCGUUGGAAAAGAAAAUAACCGAAGGUGUCUUAGACCGAAAAGAUGUUUUUAUUACCACAAAGUUAUGGAAUACGCAUCACAAUCCGAAACUCGUGUUGGGGGAAUUGAAAGAUUCGUUAAAACAAUUACGAACAAGCUAUGUAGACAUGUUUCUUAUGCAUUGUCCAACUGGACAAAAAGACCAAGAUUUAAGCGGAGAUGUAAUCUUUGCAACAGACAAGAGUGACUAUGCAUACUACCCAUUAGAGGACGUCUGGAAAGCGAUGGAAAGAUGUCAUCAAUUAGGAUUAGCAAAAAAUAUCGGAUUGUCUAAUUUCACCAUCGAGCAAACGAAAAGAAUAUUUGAACGCUGUACCAUAAAGCCGUCAAACAUGCAGAUUGAAGUUUCACCAUAUUUCCUCAAUGAGCGUUUGGUAAAGUUCUGUUUAGGAAGGCGAAUGACUGUGACAUCCUUUGCUUCAUUGGGAUGUCCUUCAAACCCAGUGAGAUUAGCGGGAAAGCAAGGCCCACUUGAAGACCCGGUCCUUAUUGAAAUAGCUAAACUUAAAGGAAAAUCAGUAGCACAGGUCAUUCUUCGAUUUCUCAUACAGUAUGGAUGUUCCGUGAUUCCCAAAAGUAUCACCCCAGCUAGAAUCUGGGAAAAUAUGAAUGCAAGUACAUAUUUCUUUUUAAAAGCUCGCCAUAUUUAA